AUGUCUUCUUCUCGCAUGAGUGGCAAUGACAAUAAAUGUGCUCGUCAAACUCCACUUGCCACCACAGACCCUAUGAAAGUCGACCAGAGUGACUUCCAAGACUUGACGUUCCUAAAAGAUGCUAUUUUUAAAGGAUUUUCCGGCCAUUACACUCAGCAAUCAACAAUGCGUACCUCGUCGGCAGCUCAACAGAACAGGGCAGCUACAUCAUCCUCUGGCAAUAAGCCCUCCACUCCCACACCCACCAUUCAGUUGACUCCUUUGUGGGAACACAUUUUGAGAACAAGAAAAUUGCCGGAAUCAAUAUGCCCACGCUUAAUGUUUGGCGAAUUCUUGGAGCGUCUCAAAGACCCCGAAUGGCAGGUGCGACAGCAUGCCCUUCGCGUCUUUGUUGAUGUGCUGGUGGUGAUGAAAGCCAAAGCCGAUCCCUUUAUGCAGCCCCUGAUAGGGCAGCUGGUGGAAAAUUUGGGACAUCAGGCCCCUACCGUGAGGAAGGGUGCCUUGGAUUGUCUGCGAGUGUAUCUCUCGGAAACUGUAAUACCGGAAAGUGUGAUUCUACAGAUCCUGGACAUAGGGCUUAAUCAAAAGAUAACCAAUGAACCAUUUGGUGGACGCCUAACAUGUGGUGUUAUGCUAUCCCUACCAGCCUUGGUUCAAUCCACUUUGCACACUUCCAAGAAACACUUCAUCAUAAGGACCACCAUUGAUAUGUUAAUACAGAAAAUGGGCCAAGUCACCCAUCAGGAAAUCACCUUGAAAGUGCUUAAGAAAAUGCGUGACCUCUUGGGAGAGCAGGAGUUUGUGACCUACAUGUCUCAUGGAGCCUAUAGGGAAUUCGAUUUGCUUUGCAACGUAUAUGGCUUGAAUGAGGACACCGAAAGUAACUCCACCACCAACAGCCAAUCGAAUUAUGCCACAAACUCGGAUGGCAAUAUCAACACUUGGCGUUUAAUAGCUUCUUCCAAGCCCUCAAAGCUGGCCAACUUUUGGCGCCCCUCCCAGGAGGAGGAAGAAAUGCAACCUCUGCUUGCAUGUCCUGCAAAGGUCAUUAUGGAGACUGAAAUAAAAAUAAAUGACGACACCUUGACUAUGCGUAUUUUGGAAGCGAAAGAUGAUGAUGUUUGCCUUGUCGAGUCAGAAGUUUGUCAUAAAUCUCGCGUGGAAACAUGUCCCAAUAGUCUGGAAGACGAGGUUAUUUGUGGCCGUUUGGCUAGUGCGAAAAGCCUGCAUGACUCUUCCUCCUCGCUGGUGAAAUUGUUGAGUGAUUCCGAUGACACCGAGGAUGACAAGGCGACAAAUGCGUACUACCAAACAGUGGUAACACCCUCAACACCCUCACGCACACCCAAGAGAGUUACAUUUGGUGGUGAAAUUGUAAAAAUGCGCACGCCCGAUAGCGAUGCCAAUUCCUCUACCAAUAACAAUCAUCAACAGCAUCCACUGGAGACAACAAGUGGUGGCAAUAGUCAGCAGUCACUGCAAGCACCACCGUUUAUCUUACAAUCCCCGCCUUCCGAUGUGGAUUCCAGCAAAACAACCAUUUUAACUUUAGACAUACCCAAUGACAACACAAAACCCCUCAAUCAAAAUGUGCGCAGAGCAAGUCAAACAAUGGCAGCAAAGACCACCCCAACUUCGAAAACUCCUUCACCUGCCUCCUCAUCGUUUAGUCCCUCGCCCAAGUCGCCUCAAAAAUCACCUGGUAAAUCUCCUACCUCUCCCAAGUCUCCCUUUAAACGUCUAAGUGUUAGCCCUGUGGAAACCAUAAUAAGUCCUCGCACUGCCCACAAGGCCAUUGAAGUGAUGCAUAAUCUUCAACGUGAUCCUUCGCCCAAUCGGGCAAUAACAGCACGACGUGCUAGUCUGAAAGCAGAUGACUUAAAUACACCAUCACCUGCGGAAGCAUCACAUAGCAAUUGGACUAACAAUGAAAAUGUUAUGGGUUUGCAGCAACAAACACCUCCAGCGCCGCCACCACGUUCAUGGGAAGAACUGGGCAUAGUAGAUGAGUCAGCGCUACUUCAGCUGCGUUCAGGGAAUUGGCGCCAUCGUUUGCAGGGUGUUGCACAAUUGGAACAAGCCCUGAGAUCAUCCGACAACCUAGCGAGUGUUCAACCCUGCCUGGAUUCCCUGCUGCGCACUCUACUCUCAUCCGAAUGUAAAGCGGAAGUGGCCGAGGAAAAGCGGAAGCUAUUAAUCAAUUUGAUAACACGUCUCCCACUCGAUAAUCUUGAAGACCGUACCAUGCAAAUUAUGAGCGGCUUGUGUCGCCAAGGAGGUGCCGGUGCCAAUCGAGUGUGUAAAGCGUUAAUGCAGCGCCUACCACCGUCGGCCAUAAUUUUGAAAUUGAUAUCGCAGGACUUUCUCCAUGCCAAAAGCUCAAGGUUUCGUGAGCAUGCCUUGCAAAUGGUCAUAUACGCACUCAUGACCUUUCCCAGCACCUGUUUCGAUACGGCGACAUGUGUCACCAAUGCGACAUAUGCGGCAUUAAAUCGCAAGCGUCGAGUACGUCAGGCCGCCCUGGAUGUUCUGGCAGUCUUGGGUCAGAUUGCCAGUGCAAGAGAAGUGCUUGAAGUGGUGCAACAAAUUGCAAAUUCACGUGAUGAUGGCGCUGCGCUAGUGGCGGCUGUUAAAACCCGUUUGUCACGCAAACAAUUGCCUUUGGUGAGCAAUGAUGGAGCGGUUCAGUAUUCGUUGCAUACCCCCUCCCCAGUUGAGGGCAAUGGCCAACAGGGUCCCGAUAUAGAUUGGAUAACUGCGGGUAUUGGCUCGGUGUCACCGGCUUCCCUAAAGCGUAGAGCCCAUCGCCUACGUGGUAGUUCACAGCAGAGUUUCAGAUGUCUCAAGACCAGUUCCACAAGUGAUGAUGUGCCCCAUAGACAUGGUUUUCGCAACCCCACUGAUGUGGCCAAUCACACAAAGCUAUUGGAAAACCAUCAGGAAAAAAAUCAAGCUCUGUUCUUGACGAAUUUUCUAAUGGUUUUACCAUUUUUAACCGAUCAAUAUUUUACCAAUAAAAGUAAAAUGUUGGAUAUCUACAACAAUUAUCCCCUGUACAAUUUAGUGCCGGCCAAUUUUUUCAAAUGGGAUGACAAUUCAGGUUACAAUUUUCAUCAUGUUUUCGCCUCAAAUCCUUACAAUUAUGGAUUCUCAUCGAAAAAAUCAAAUGUUGAAUACCCCAUCUACAGUACUCGACGCAUAAUACCCAACUCAUGCUCAGAUUCUUCAGUUGAUGGAAGAAGUUCUGAUAGCAAUUACACGAGCAGUGGCGGUAGUAUUGUUAGUACUGAUGCACCUGCCAAAGCAAAUGUUGGCAGUGGUAAUGGUUCUGCUGCUGCCACAAUGGCUGAUGGCAUAAGUGGAAGGUUUACAAGGCAAACAGUGAAUUCAAGAUUUCCCGCCAUGGACAUGAACAGCACAUAUCGCAUACACAAACCACCCACCUAUUAUCCUGGCAUGGGUGCCUAUGCCCAUCUGCAACAGCAACAAUACAGCAUGAAUUCUACAUAUCCCAAAGUUAAUUACACAUUAAACGCACCACAUCAACAGGCGUCGUCAAGAAGAAAAUCUCAUCAAAACAACUAUCCCAUGCAGCAGCAACAACAAUCCCCGCCCUACUAUUAUAUGAACAAUAAUACAAAUCGUGCCCAACAUUUCAAUCAUCACAAUCAGCAAAAGAGCAACAUUAUCAACAGCAACAACAAUAACAACCCAGGCAGCAACAAUUGUGGAAAUCAAGAGACUUUCAAAAAGUUUGAAAAUCUUCCAACAAAGGAUUCCGACAAUUUGGAUGGCACUUAUACCAUAUGCCUGGGCUCCAAACUUAGCGCCACCCUACAUCAGCAACAUCAACAAUUGGCUGCGGCGUCCGCAACUAAUGGUCGUCGUUUUGUAAAUGUCGAUAAAACUCUAACGCAAGGAAACUCUCACCACUUCUAUGUGAAAAGUGUGAAUUUUUUCUCGGGAAUAAGAAGCCGCCUUCCUUACCUAGUCCUCAGACUAAAAGAAAUGCCUUCAAAUUCCUUGGAAAAUGUGAGUCAAAGUGUUUGCCAGGCUUUUGUUAGAAUGAAAGACUAUAUAUGGGAAAAUUUAAUCAACACACCACCGGCCUUUGUUCUGGACAUGAAGAGAUUUCUUCAUAGCUACUGUUGCUGUCACUGUUCGUGUUGUUGUUCCAGCUGUAAACGAAAGAAAUCGAUUGAGAGUAUUGAACGGAUAAUCAAUGAGAAGGAAAUUAUCGUUAAUAACACAUCAUUGGCGGAAUUUGAAUAUAAUAAGGAAAGUGUUAAUACGCCGGUCCUGUCAUUGGAUAUUAUGAAUGAAGUUACGAAAUCUUCCCAAACUCUAAACGACAACAACAACGAACACAAUAAAGCUGAUGAGACCUCACCUGAAACUGAAAAUCAAACUGAAGAAGGCGAACCCUCUUCACCUAAAACUCCGGUUGGCUCAAUACGUUCAGCAACAUAUUCCCAAAAGUCCACAGCAUCGGCUCAGUCCAGUAACGGCAGUAGAAGUCUAAAAAAUGAACCAACUACCAGAAAUACCACAAACGAAGAUGUCCAAAAUAUAGGGGAGGAGGUAGCCGUACUGACAACUCCUCUAACAACAGUGGAGGCCACCGUAAAUGGCGCUGCAGAAGGAAAAGAAGUUACCAGUGAAUCACCUACAAAGUGGCGCACAGGCGAAGAUGUACUUCAAAUUGAAGAUGUAGCGGAUGGCGAUACAGAAACUCUGGUAGAAGAAGACGACGAUGUCGAUGAGAAGGCAGACAAACUGGAACGCAAUGGCAGUUUGGCUAGUCUACAAAGUAAAUCGGAGAGUAUAAAAACACAAAUCGGUGAUACACCUCCUGUUUUGUCCAGAGCCCAAUCAACCAAAUCAUUGGAGAUUAAAGAAGAAAUCGAGGACAAUGCUAGUUUUGUGGUAGUCGAUGAUGUUGAAGAAUCACAAGAUGAUGCAGAUGAAGAUAGAAAAUCCACCAGAUUUGAGGAAAAUACUGAGGACUCAGAGCUAGUCAGCAACAAUGAAGGGGACAGCAAACCAAAUAGUGCCACCUCAAGGCCCCUAAGCAGCCGCUCAAGAUCUCCCACCAUAGAAGAAAUUAAGGCCUUGUCGCGACGUAACUCCAUGAUUAAAUCCAUGGAGUCUUUGUAUGAGCGUCCCCCAUCAAAGCAUGAAUUCAAUGACAACACUACCGAGACUAGUUCCCAGUCAAGUGCUCAAUUGAACAGUAGCAUAGGCUCUACUACCACCAUUAUACCUCCCGUCAUGGUCAAGCCCCAGCAUACACCAUUGAAACAAAAGUCCAAAACAACCCAUUUUCUCAAAAGUCAUCGCAGAAUAUCACCUGUCAAACAAUCCAUCAAAAUGGUUCAGGCUGAGCUGUAUCCACCAACGCUGCAGAGAUUUGAGAAACCACGGGAGGCCCUAUUGAAAACCUUUGAUCAACUGGACUCCAGCAAUUGGGAAGUUGUAAUGGUGGGUCUCAAGAAUAUGGUACGCUUGAUGCGUUAUCACCCAGACAAUCUCGAUGCCCAAAUGCAUAUGGUGUGCAUACAAUUAGCCAAAACAGUAAGGAAUCUGCGAUCACAAGUGGCUCGAGCUGCCUGUCAAGCUGCCACCGAGUUGUUUGCAUUGAAAUCUCGCUACUUAGAGCAAGAAUGCGAUGAUUUGGUAACGGCCUUGCUGCAUCGUACGGCCGAUACCAAUCGCUUUAUAAGGGCCGAUGCAACACGAGCCCUCGAAGCCAUGUGCGACAAUUUGACACCAGGAAAAAUUCUCAAUAUCUUGACAUCAAAGGGCGCACAGCACCAAAAUGCUUUGGUACGAACCACAACUGCAAAACUUCUGAAUCGUCUGGUCGAACGUUUGGGCUGUGACAAGAUCUACACUAUGCCACGUGAUCACAGGGACAAAUUCUUUGUGACCGGCGCUAAUCUAUUGCUCGAGGGUAGUCUUGAGACACGCAGCUAUGCCAAGUCCUUGUUUAGAUUGCUCUCCGAACAUGGCAACUAUCAACGAAUGCUGUUGGAGGUGAUACCACCACGCACAUAUCGCAACAUUGAGAAAACUUUAAAAAAUAUACGUUAAAAUUUAAACUCGGGUUCGUAACCGAAUCCACGGGUACUUAGCAAGAGUAAGGCAGCACUUCAAGUUAAACUAUAAUUGUAUAUACACACAUACCAACACAGAAGUCACUUUCUUAUAGCAAUAGUAUAAAAAAAAGUAUCAUUUAGUGUUUUUUUCACUCUCCAUUAAUCAAUCGUUCAUAGAACAUUCAUUUUAUAUUUUAGUCAUCUUAGAAUUAAUGUUAAAAACAUUUAUUCAUUAAGUGCUCAUGCUCAUUAAUCCUAGCCUAGGUAGGUGGUCACUUUUAAGGUUAUUUGUAAUGAAUAUAAAUAAA